CAUCACCAACUGACCCAGUACAUAACACUGGAGCAGAAAGCCAACGACGAAAUGACCGCGCUCCUACUUGAUCAACAUACAAAAUUGGAAGAGCUAGAGCUUACCCAACAGAAGCAAGUUCGUGAACUGCGUUUGAACCAAUUACAAAAACAGCAUGAAGCAGAGAUGAAUAAUCACCACCAGUACAUCGAGCGUACUAAGGCAGAUCUGCUCAAGAAACAUGUACUGGAAUCGAAGAAUUUGCCAAAGCAUCUUAAGCAACGUGAAAUGCAAAUUCGGAAACAAUUCCGCGAUGCUGCUCGGAUUCAGAAAAAGCAGUUCAAACUGUUACGCGAAGAACGCAUCAAAGCCUAUAGGCGGUCACUAGAGCUCAGUUCGGGUCCCGUUUCUCUGGGUUCCUCAGAUUCAGUCACAAACAAUGCGUCUGGUUCCUCGGGCGCUUCGAGUACAGAGCGCAGUGGAGAGACGCCCGAGCUUGCGGUGUCGUUCAAUCCCGUACAAGAUGAGCGUCAGAUUCUGGACAAUUUGAAACUGGAAGAGAAGCGUAAACAAGCGGAUCUAGAAGCACAGUACAAGAAAACAAUCAGCGAGUUACACAAACGACAAAAUGAUAAGGUUGACUCAUCGCAACUUCGCGAACUGGAGGAACUAGAAAAACGCCGCAUUGAAGGUAUCAAACAAUUGGCCAAUUAUCAAGAGAAUCAGAGACGAGAGAUGCUUAAACAACAACAAAAGGAACGUCUUGAAUUGGAAAAUCGCAUACGUUCGCGCAAAGAAUCCCUGGAAGCUGCUGUUAAGCGGAAUGCUGAAUCUGCCAAAGAGGAAUCGCGAAAGAAAACACGGCAUCUCAUGGAACGACAUGCGGAGGCUUUGCGUGCAUUUGACGCGAAGACACGCAGUUUAGGCAUUGAUAAUGCUGCGGUUGUUGGGGUAUCCGGUCGCAUGUAUGGUGCCGGUGGUGGAAAUGGAGGAUCACCUGGACCCAGUGGCGGUUCUUUUUCUAGUGGCAGUGGUCAAAGACCAUCAGACUGGCGACACAGCCGUGCGGAAUUUCUCCCUUCUUAG